AUGGCCACGACACUGGCUUCUGGAUAUGUAACAUUGCUCAAGACAUCCAUAGGCAGCGGCAUCCUCUCAUUCCCAUACCUGUUCAAGACCUACGGAAUUCUCACUGGCAUCGCCCUAACAGUCAUCUCGGGGUUUUUCUCUGUGCUAGGCCUCAUCCUCUAUGCAAUCUGCAGCCAGGAGCUUGGAAGAACAGCUACACUCUCGAGGCUUGCCACAGAAAGCAUGCCAUACACAAGGAUGAUAGUCGACUUCUCUGUCUUUCUCAAGUGCUUUGGUGUCGCCCUCUCAUACCUCAUAAUCACAAGGCAGCUCCUGCCGGUCCUGAUAGAAACAAUCUUCGGAGUAUCAAUGCUGUCAGACCCCAACAUCUCUCUCCUGGCAUUCAUAUCAUGCAUAGGGCCCUUCACCUACUUCAACAGACUUGACAGGCUGAAGUACACGUCGUUGUGCGGGGUUGUUGCAAUAGUCGUGGUCGUCGUGGCAACACUCUACAGGUAUGAGCACACCCCAGUCACCACGACAAGCGGCAUAGAGUAUCUCGUUCCACUGUCAUACGCGUGGAUGGGAGGGUUCGGAAAGUUUGUGUUCUCAUUCACCUGCCACCAGAAUAUAUUUGCAAUCCACUCAGAAAUGGAGGACAACUCCCUCCCGAGAAUGAAGAGGCUUAUAUACAUGGUCGCCUCCUCUGCCGCCGUGAUAUACAUCUCAUUUGGCGUCCUGAACUACCUUCUCUAUGGAGAGGCCGUCAAAGACAACGUCCUUGAGAACUAUCCAAACGACAUCCUGGCAUCGGUCGUCAGAGGGCUCUACAUAGUGGUCAUGGGCGUCUCGUACCCGCUCCAGGUAAACCCCUGCAGGAGCCAUCUCAUAAACAUCAUCUCUCCCUCUCAGAAGCCAGGAGAAAAGUUCCUGAGGUUUGUGGUCACAACAGCCAUCAUCAUAUCCACAUGCCUUCUUGCGGUCUCGGGAAUGGGCCUUGGAAUCAUAUACUCAGUCAUAGGUGCAACAGCCUCCACAUUCAUGUGCUUGAUAUUCCCGGCUCUCUUCUACUUCAACGCAAACAUCACCAAGCCAAGAGGACUGGUCAUUCUGUCUUACGUAGGAUUCCUGUUUGGGGUCUUUGUCUUUUCUGCAUCUGUCUUCAGCAUCAUUCUGCACAACAUCUAG